GUUCCUCAUGCUUGUGACAUUUCCUGUUUCAGUUCGACAGAUGCUAACAUAAUUCAUAAACGACAGCUCCUGCAGCGUUAUACAUUCUUUCCAGCAUGGGGAUUGUGGUGAAGAUGUUGCUGUGGGCCUGGAUGGUCCUGGACCCGGGGGUGUGUUCAGUCUCACUGCCAGACAUCACCGAUGGGAACUUCGUGGAUGAAUGUGUGAGGGAACACAACGGGGCCCGGUCCUCUGUCGGUCCGCCUGCAGGUGACAUGCUGUACAUGACGUGGGAUGAGGGCUUGGCCAUCACUGCGAGAGCGUGGGCGAGGCGCUGCGUGUUCGAACACAACAUCUACCUCCGAGACGUCCGCCGCGUGCACCCCACCUUCUCCUCUGUGGGAGAAAACAUCUGGACAGGCCACCCCCCGUCGUCGUUUAAUGUGCGAAAGGCCGUGAAACGUUGGGUGGGUGAAAAGCAACACUAUGACUACAACAGCAACGGCUGCACAAAACUCUGUGGCCACUACACACAGGUCGUGUGGGCCAGCACCUACAAGGUUGGCUGUGCCGUCCAGCUGUGCCCCAAUGGGGUGAAAAGCUUUGGCCCUGAAGAGGGUGUCGUGUUUGUGUGCAACUAUGCCACGGCGGGGAACGUGAACGGAAGGAGACCUUAUGAAGAGGGGGCAGGCUGCUCCGGAUGUAAAGGGGACUGCGAGGACAACCUCUGCCGAAGUAAAGAACGAGAUUCCCAGAAAAGGUACAACUGGACCCCCGACUGGGACGCUGCUCCGGCCACCAGGGGCUCCGACUACGUGAUUAUUCUGGUGGUCCGGCCCACCGCCCUCCUCUUCACCUUCAUCACAGCGUAUGCAGUCCACCACUUUUACCCCGAUGUAUUCUGCUAUGAAUAGAGCACCUGCCGUGACCUUAAGAACACACACACACACACACACACACACACACACACACACACCACACCACACACCACACACACACACACACACACAACACACACACAACACACACACACACACACCACACACACACACACACACACACACCACACACACACACACACCACACAACCACACACACACACAACACACACACACACCACACACACACACACACACACACAAGGCUGCAAUGAAGAUGCAGGUUUUACUAACCCUUUCAUUUUGUGGUCUAUAGUCAGCUUCUAAGUAGUGAAAGAUCUGUACAUAAAGGUCAAACACUUUAGCAAAAUAGAGCCCAGACCUCAUCCAAGGCAUUCCCCAUCCCACAAUGCAUUGGGAAUUUCCCCAGUCUGGAGCUCAUUAUACCGACACCACGCGAAUGCAACAUCUAUUCAGAGAUGUGAAUGAAAGUGAAGAAUAUGUGGUGUUCCCACUCUUGAGCUUUGAUCCACUCCAACAUAUAAUGGGGUCUUACCUACCCAUGAUGCACUCUUCCACUGUUUCCCCAUCGUGUUUACAGGCAAACGGAGGUAAAAUAGAAUCAUGUCUAACAGUGACCUUUAUUUUUGCAUCCAAAGAUGUGCUUUAGAUAAACUGGACUUUAAAUCUAACCACCAACAAAUGUGGACUUUGCUACAAACCUGUAUCUAGAGAUAUGAUAAGUGAAGCCACAUAUACUUUACCUCUAUAUUAAGUUUGUUUUCA